AUGACGACUUCGCUGGUUCUGCAUCCACGCUGGGCGGACACCUUGAUGUACGUAUAUGAAAAAAGCCUGAAUGAAAGUAAUCCGAAUAAAAACCAAUCCAUGGAGGGACUAAGCGGGAAUUGUCCUGCUACCCACUGCAGGGAAAUGAUAUCGCACUCUGCGUUGGGACGACACUCCGGCACCCUAAGCCACCAGGGUUCUGUGUACUCGGACAUACCCUCACAGGACACUGGGCGACAGUGCCCCGCUCCCCAGACUUCCUCCAGCGCCACCCUUGGUUAUGGCUACCCUUUCGGAAGCCCUUAUUACGGGUGUCGGUUGUCACACUCGCACAACGUUAACUUGCAGCAGAAGCCAUGCUCUUACCACCCCGCCGAGAAGUAUACAGAACCCAGCGCGGCACUGCCCACUGAAGAGCUGUCAAGCCGGGCAAAGGAGUUCGCAUUUUACCCGAGUUUUGCCAGCUCAUACCAGACUGUCCCGGGUUACUUGGACGUGUCGGUGGUUCCGGGUAUCAGUGCGCACCCGGAACCGAGACAUGAAACUUUGAUUCCCAUGGAUGGCUACCAGCACUGGGCUCUAUCUAAUGGCUGGGAUGGACAGGUGUACUGUUCUAAAGAGCAAACACAGUCAACACAUCUCUGGAAGUCGCCCUUCCCAGGUAUGAAAAAAAAAAAAAUCGUGGGGGGGGGGCUAGAGAUUCCACACGGCUUGCAUUGUGGUGUCUUAUAAGAAUGGAUCGAAAUAACCAAUGUACUUUUCUUGUUACAUGUUUAUAGAUGUCACAUUGAUACAUUUCCUUUUAAUUAUAUAGUUUAUUUAUGCAUUUAAAACCCAUUUCCUUUGUAUAGCCAUGCCAUGUAAAAUACCACAGGGUAGUGAGCGUGUUUGUUUAUGUUCAUCCUUGAGUUAAAGUCCGGAGAGGAGGCCAUGGCGUUUUACAAAAGCCGGAUAUGGGACUAGAAAUGAGUCUGCCAAAAUAUAGAAGCAAAGAAAACAGAUUGGAAUGACAAAACCUUACCAAAAAUAUUUAGUUUCCUUCAACCUACCAUCAUUCGUCUUCACGGCUGCUUCACGAUAUGACCACAGCAGAUUAAAUGCAAAAACAAUACCUUUGAUUUCAUAGUAGCCUACAAUGAGGUUUAUGGAUUGGAGCAGGGCACCGUUGCACUCCCCGUUAAAAUAACUGAUAUUUUCUCAGUGCCAGUAAAUCUAGUUACAACAGGGAGGGGUGCAUUGAAGCUCACCAUUUUCACGCCUUGUGUUUAUUUGCAAUUGCGAGACCCUUUUUUUUUCUCAAUUUCUUUAUUUCAUAUUUCAAAUUAACUUCCAAAUCAAUGGUAAUCAAGAAUAGGAUCGUUGAAGUGUGUGUUUUCAAAUUGUCUAGUUGAAACGAAUUGAUCCAUUCGUUAUGUGGUAGGCCAGUUGCCCCUAUUGAAUAGCACAUUCUAUUUCUGAAUACCAGUAUCACGUUCCAUCUUGUUAAGAAUAGCUCAUGGAUUCCUGGAUCGAUUGGUUUAUCAUUCACAAUCUAGUUAAGUUGACACACAUGACAUUUGGAGCUUGUAUGACCACUUUCCCCAAACUUGUCGUAGGCCAAUAUAGUCAAUAUUGGGACAGUGUGAUUUGGCGCUACAUGCCCAUAACACAGAAUAGGCCUACUGUUUUUGAAAUAGACUACAGUUCUUUUUUAUUGUCUUGGGUUUGGUUGUACCGUUACAUAUUCCUCAUGUUGUCCAUUACCUCAUUAAAAUAGUCGUUUCUCUCAUCUCAUCUCUGCCAUGGAUGCACUCUUAAAAACGCUGAAAUAAAACUUAGUAUUAAGGAUAAAUAUGAUAGAACUGUUAACCAACCAACCAACCUACUGAGGUUGAUGCACACAACUCAUCCGCAUGAAUAAAUGAAUGGGAUGUGAUGUCUUGUUAUAUAGCUUUAUUACAUCAAUUGAAGCUACAUUCAAGUUUAAGAUCAGGGGCUAUCAAUAUAGAUAGCCUUAGUUAUGCUCAGCCUUUUCCUGCGCUCUCAUAGACUAAGUGACUGUAUAGCCCCAAUUCAGAUUAUUAAGGCUUAAUAUUCGUAGUGUUUUAAUAUCAGUAUGCCAAUUAUAUUUUGAAUAUGCAUAGGUUAAAUAUCUAUGUUUGGACUAAAUAGUCAUCAUGGUAGGCCUAGAGAUGGCUGGCAUGCUUGAUCCGAAAAUGUGGUCGGAGGCGCCGUAUGGAUCGUGUGACGCAAUAGCGAAGCCUCUGGAGGCAUGCAGAGGCCAAAUUGAGCUCUGUACCACAUCGCCGUGCGCAUCUCAAAUUGUGUAACAAUGCGGAGGGCUCCGUAUAGCUCUGCAUUAACAUGACUGGUUGAUGGUAGGUGGGGGUGGGAGGUCCUGUAUAAACACAAACUCACUUCCUUGACAACUUCCUUCACAACAGCUCUGCACUGCUCCGCUAAACGCAAUACGUAUGAAUGCCCUAAAUGCUGCGGUAAAUGCUGCACGGCCAAUGCAGACAGCGGAUUGACCAUGCAGCGUCGUUAAUGGGCUCCCUUACCAUUAGGCCAAAGCCUGCGUUCUUUGAACUCGUUUAGAUAUUUAGAUUAUAUAUUUUUAAACCAUAAUGAUUGGGAUGUAACAUAAGUUAAGUCCAACCAUAGCCUACUUCAAAUAUUUUAGGCCCAUCUUAAUAAAUUAUCCUAGCCAAUCUACGGGGACCAUGCACUUACAUUUACGUAAUUUAGCAGACGCUCUUAUCCAGAGCGACUUACAGUUAGUGAAUGCAUACAUGUUUUUUUGUUUGUUUUUUGUCAUACUGGCCCCCCGUGGGAAACGAACCCACAUCCCUUCCGGCCAAACCCUCCCCUACCUUGGAUGACGCUGGACCAAUUGUGCGCCGCCCAUGGGUCUCCCGGUCGCGGCCGGCUGCGACAGAGCCUGGACUCGAACCAGGAUCUCUAGUGGCACAGCUAGCACUGCGAUGCAGUGCCUUAGACCACUGCACCACUCGGGAGUGACCAGAUGCACCAAAUGCAAUGAUUUGAAUUCAAUGCAUCAGUGCUGGGUGCUUUCACAUAGCAUUGUUCUACAUAGAAAAAAUACAGACAAUUACUUUCAAAUUGUUUCUCCUCGUUUUCAAUUGUUGUAGGCUAACAAUGGUGGUUGUUUUCUCGGCCUUCCCUUCAGUGUGUUGUGCCCUUCUUUUCUCAGAUGUCGUCCCUUUACAACAAGAGGUCAGCAGCUACCGACGAGGCCGCAAAAAGCGAGUUCCUUACACCAAGAUCCAACUGAAGGAGCUAGAGAAAGAGUAUGCAGCCAGCAAGUUCAUCACCAAAGACAAGAGACGGCGAAUAUCUGCCACUACUAAUCUCUCCGAACGCCAGGUCACCAUCUGGUUCCAGAACCGGCGGGUGAAGGAGAAGAAAAGUGUCUGUAAAUCUAAAUCAAGCUCUCACAUGCAUGCCAAUUGAUUCAGUCCAAUUUCACUGGCAUGGCAACUCAAAUACUUUUUUAACACAAACGCUCGAUAUUUAUCUAUAGACAUUAUUCUGACCUGGUAUGAUGCAUUGCAAAACACAAACUUAAUCUCACCUCCCUAUUUGGACAUAAACUGGGGAAAAAUACAGAAGAAGAUUUACUGAACCUGGUUGGAACGAAUGAUCACAUCCUUACAGGAGCAUCGAAAGCUACCAGCAUUGUUAGUACAGCCUGAGAACUGAAUAAAGAGAGAAGGGAGAAAAACCUUUGUGACUGAUAAAGUAAACCGAGGUCUUUGGGGUCAUACAGUGAUCUUGUUCAGACAUUUUCAGGUAUUGGACGCAUCAAGACUGAAAACUCACAUUUCAAUGAUACUGUAUGGCGGUUUUAGUUUGAUCCCAAGCGAAUGAGCAAGGCUGCUAUUGUCUAUGUACAGUGCCGUGCAUUUAUUAUUUAAUUAAAGGUUCUGUCUUGUGACAGGUUGUAAAUUGCUAUAUUUUAUGGUUCUCAUAUUUAGAUAAUGUUUUGUCAGUGAAGGUGUCUCUGUCAUGCAACUGGAAUGAUUGUAAUCAAUAUAAGAAUAUUAAAAAUUAUUUCAUAUUAAUGCACAAUCUUUUCUCAUUUGGUUUGUAUAGUGAGUUAGAUCUUAUUGCAUCCGGGCUGUGCACUCCCAUAAGCUGUUUUAUUCCUUUAUUUUUUGCAGUAUUUAAACUGUGAUAUUUUGUUUGAUCGACAUUUACUCAAUGGAAA